UGUAUAUAUAUAUCCCCACUCGCUCACACAGUGCCCAUCACUUUCUCCAUAGGUCGAGCCAUUUCUGCCUGCUUGUGUAACAAUCCGAUCAUGUCUCACUCAGGUGCUCAAGGCAGCAUUGGCAGCCACUCUGCCAUGGGCCUGCGCAGUCACAAGAUAUACCUCUUUGAAUUUGAGAACUUCCAGGGCCGUAGACUGGACCUGUUUGGAGAGUGCCAUAACCUGUGCGAGAAGGGUUUCGAGAGAAUCGGCUCCAUCCGGGUAGAGAAUGGACCUUGGGUGGGUUUUGAGCAGCAAAACCUGAAUGGUGAGAUGUUCAUCCUGGAGAAAGGAGAGUACCCCCGUUGGGACACCUGGUCCAACAGCUAUAGGUGUGACCGCCUCAUGUCAGUCAGGCCAGUCAAAAUGGACCCCCAGGACCACAAAAUUUGCCUGUACGAGUGCACAAACUUUGAGGGUCGCAAGAUGGAGGUGUGUGAUGAGGAUAUUCCAAGCCUUUGGUCUUAUGGCUUCCAGGACCGCGUCGCUAGCAUUCAGGUCACGGGUGGAAUGUGGGUGGCCUACCAGUACCCUGGCUACCGUGGUUACCAGUAUAUAUUGGAAAUGGGCUCUUACAAGCACUGGAAUGAGUGGGGAGCCCACCACCCUCAGAUCCAGUCCAUCCGCAGGGUGAAAGACAUGCAGACGCACCGCAGAGGCUGCUUCGAGAUGAGCGCAUAGACUCGGACAGGCCUCCGUUGGCAAAAAGGUCACGCUUAUCAACUGCAGGGCCUUUCAAAUUUGUGACCACUUUCCUGCACAAGCAGAUUGCUUCUGAAUAUUGUUACUGAUUUUGUCAGCACAAUUUGGGGGUAUGUGUGAGAAGUUCACUCACUUCCAGAGUAGCUGUACUAUUGGUAAAAAAUAGUAGGUGGCGAAUGCUCACUGUCUCCAGACCUCAUCCACAAAAGAUCAUGUUUUCUUCAUAGUUAGCCGUUUGUGUUGAAAAUAUGUUUAGGUGCUAUUUCAACCCUUUUAUUGCAUUUACUCACACCUCUGUGUUCCAGUUACAGUGAUGCCAAUCAGCUUACACAUCACAGCGGUCUCCCUUAGAAUAACGUACCAUUUAUUAUCACCACUGCACAUGCGGCCUUGCAGUAGGUAUCGUCUCACGAAAUCCACACAGGACCUCUGCUCCAAUGACAUUUUUAUCAUUGAACAAGAGGAAAAGUGGACGUGCAGGAUUGUACUUUACGCAGACAUGAUCAUCUUUUGGCUGGUCCACUCGAGCUCAUCCAUGGGCCCGUCAAGAAGAUUUACAUUUACACCUUCUCAGGGAUGCUGGCAUCUGGAAACUUUCCAAUGGAAAUAAAUACACAUUUUAAAAA